CGCGGCCUCCGGCCGGAAGAGAGGGCGCGCCUCGCGGCCCGCUCUGUGGUUCCACUUCCGGGUCGCUGUGCGGCGCCAUGGCGGCGCACCUGAAGAAGCGGGUGUACGAGGAGUUCACCAAGGUGGUCCAGCAGCAGCACGAGGACCUAUCCACCAAGAAGCUGCGUCUGACCAAGCCCAGCAAAUCAGCAGCACUCCAUGUUGACCUGUGCAAAGCCACCUCGCCUGCAGAUGCCCUGCAGUACCUGCUCCAGUUUGCCAGGAAGCCCGUGGAAGUGGAGAGCGUGGAAGGGGUUGUCAGGAUCCUGCUGGAGCAUUAUUACAAGGAGAAUGAUGCCUCAGUAAGAUUGAAGAUUGCAUCCUUGCUGGGCUUGUUGUCUAAAACUGCAGGAUUUUCCCCAGACUGCAUUAUGGAUGAUGCCAUCAACACACUUCAAAAUGAGAAGUCUCACCAAGUCCUCGCUCAGCUGCUGGACACCCUGUUAGUGAUCGGCACAAAACUCCCUGAGAAUCCAUCUAUCAGGAUGAGGCUGGUAGAGGUAGCCUGCAAGCAUCUGACAGAUUCUUCUCAUGGUGUAAGAAAUAAGUGUCUUCAGUUAAUUGGCUGUCUUGGACCAGUGGAAAAAGGCGUUGCAAAAGAAGCUGAAAGCCAGGCUGCCAAAGAUGUCCAGAAGAUAAUAGGAGAUCAUUUUAAUGACCAGGACCCUCGUGUUAGGACUGCAGCUAUAAAAGCCAUGCUGCAGCUUCAUGAAAGGGGAUUAAAACUACAGCAGGCUAUUUAUAGUCAGGCCUGCAAGCUGUUGGCAGAUGAUUAUGAGCAAGUGCGUAGUGCAGCAGUUCAGCUAAUUUGGGUCCUCAGUCAACUUUACCCUGAAAGCAUUGUCCCAAUUCCUUCUUCUAAUGAAGAAAUUCGCUUGGUUGAUGAUGCCUUUGGAAAAAUUUGUCACAUGGUUAGUGAUGGUUCCUGGGUUGUUAGAGUACAAGCUGCUAAGUUAUUGGGUUCUAUGCAACAAGUUAGCUCCCAUUUCUUAGAGCAGACCCUUGACAAGAAGCUCAUGUCAGAUCUGAGGAGGAAGCGCACUGCACAUGAACGAGCCAAGGAACUCUACAGCUCUGGCGAGUUUUCAAGUGGCAGAAAGUGGGGAGAUGAUGCUCCCAAAGAAGAAAUCGAUACUGGCGCUGUGAACUUGAUUGAGUCAGGAGCUUGUGGGGCUUUUGUUCAUGGCCUGGAGGAUGAGAUGUACGAGGUUCGAAUUGCUGCGGUGGAAGCCCUCUGUAUGUUGGCUCAGUCCUCACCUUCUUUUGCGGAGAAGUGCCUGGAUUUUCUGGUUGACAUGUUUAAUGAUGAAAUCGAGGAGGUGAGAUUGCAGUCAAUACACACAAUGAGAAAAAUUUCCCACAAUAUCACGCUGCGGGAAGACCAGCUGGAUACUGUGUUAGCUGUCUUGGAGGAUUCUUCAAGGGACAUUCGGGAAGCACUUCAUGAACUGUUGUGUUGCACCAAUGUUUCAACUAAAGAAGGCAUCCAUCUUGCACUGGUGGAGCUGCUGAAAAACCUGACCAAGUAUCCUACAGACAGAGAAUCCAUAUGGAAAUGCUUGAAGUUCUUGGGAAGCAGGCAUCCCACCUUGGUGCUUCCAUUAGUCCCAGAGCUGCUGAGCACACAUCCAUUCUUUGACACUCCAGAACCAGACAUGGAUGACCCAGCCUAUAUUGCUGUUCUGGUUCUGAUUUUUAAUGCUGCUAAAAGUUGCCCAACAAUGCCUGCCCUGUUCUCUGAUCAUACGUUCAGACAUUACGCGUAUCUUCGGGACAGUCUCUCUCAUCUGGUCCCUCCAUUAAGAUUGCCAGGUAGAAAGCUGGUGUCCUCCCCUGUCUCUCCCAGUAUUACCCCACAUGAGGAUCCUUCCCAGCAGUUCCUACAUCAGAGUCUGGAGAGGGUUUACAACCUACAGCACCUCGACCCUCAGGGCAUACAGGAGUUGCUGGAGUUUACCAUCCGUGAUCUUCAGAGGCUUGGAGAACUGCAGUCAGAACUGGCAGGGAUGGCAGAUUUCACUGCGACUUACCUUCAGUGUCAGCUGCUCCUCAUCAAGGCCUUGCAGGAGAAGCUGUGGAACGUGGCAGCUCCUCUGUACCUGAAACAGAAUGCAUUAGCAUCUGCUGCAGCAAAACAGAUCUUGGAAGAAACCUACAAAAUGGAGUUCAUGUACAGCGGAGUGGAAAGUAGACAAGUGGUCAUUAUUCACCACAUGAGACUGCAAGCAAAGGCCUUGCAGCUUAUUGUGACUGCACGUACCACUAGAGGAGUUGAACCCCUUUUUGGGAUGUGUGAAAAAUUUCUACAAGAAGUGGAUUCCUUCCAGAGAUGUUUCAUCUCUGAGCUCCCACAUAUGCAAGGCAGUUUUGUAGAUAAAUUGCUGGACUUAAUGCCCAGACUUGUGACGUCUAAGCCUUCAGAAGUGGUCAAGAUUCUUCAGACAACACUGCGACAAAGUACCUUCCUCCACCUUCCUCUUCCAGAGCAGCUCCAUAGAGCUACUGCAAAUAUCAUUGAGCCUACUGGUGAAUCUGAUAAUCCCCUGAGGUUUACAUCGGGGUUGGUUGUGGCACUGGAUGUUGAUGCAACUCUGGAACAUGUGCAAGAUCCCCAAGGAACUGUUAAAGUUCAGGUGUUGUAUCCAGAUGGACAAGCACAGCUAAUUCAUCCUAAACCAGCUGAUUUCCGAAAUCCUGGCCCUGGAAGGCACAGGCUGAUAACUCAGGUUUACCUCUCACACACAGCCUGGACAGAGCCAUGCCAGAUUGAAGUGAGGUUGCUACUGGCUUACAAUUCCAACAGGAGCAAGGCAUCUGCUAGAAUUCCUAAAUCUACCUGGAGUGAGAGCUUGGAGACUCUCCCGCCAUCUGAAAAUGGCAUAGAGGGGACCAUACCAUUCAGCAAACCUGUCAAGGUGUAUAUAAUGCCCAAACCUGCCAGGCGGUGAAGUCUAUUGCUAAAAGAAACCUAUUUAUGGGAUUGCUAGGUUGGGUUACAAGAAAACAAGAUGCUCUGUCCAAGAGAGCAAACCAAGCCAAAACAGACAUCAAAAUCAAGUUGCUGAAGAACAGUUGGUCUCCUCAGCAGCAGAGUUAUUCAGCUAGUUAAGAGUGAUUUCAAGAAAAUGCAGGUCUUUUUACAUUGACUUAACAAAAACAGGACAGUUCUCAAUCAGCAUUGCAGUAGUAAUUUCACUGGGCCAUAUCUUCAGUUUUUAUGUAUCAAAAAUUUCUCUCCAAGGCCUGUACAUUUUCUGCUAUGUAUUUACUAUGUAAAUGCUUGGGCACAGAAAUCAAUGUUAUUUUUACAGUACUCUUAAGUGAAGCUGAGGAGUUCAGGGUUUUGUGGGGGUUUGUUUGUUUGGAUUUGGUCUUUUUUGUUUGUUUGUUUUGUGGAGGUUUUUUGUUUUGGUUUGGUUUGGUUUUUAGUGUCUAAAACUUGCAUUUGUGCACUGGUACCUAAUUUCUUAGUAAAAAAGCAUAUUCUAAAGUACUAUUGUUCUUGCAUGGGAACUGCACCUCUGAAGGAAAUUGCCACUUGCCAUAGGCUAAAUCUGGAGCUGGUUUACGUCUUCUACAGCUGUACUGAAGCUCGUACAGCUUUGGGGAGGGCACAGGUUGUUCAUGGUGCAGGAGGAGAAGGAACCUGUUCGUGCCAGCAGCAGAACUUCAGUCAGCAGGACAUGGAAUUUAGCUGAGUUACAGGAACAGAGCAGUUUGUUAUGGCUUUUGUUCCUUUAUGUGAAAUGGAGUAGAACAAUCUCCAUCCCUGAGAUGUAACCCAGCUCUCCUAUUGCACAUUUGUACAUCUUGAGGAACAACGUGAUCAAGUACCAGUUGGAAAAUUCCUAACGACGUUGCACUAAGCUUUACAGGAUCUGUUUCCAUUGGCCUGAACCAAUACUUAGCAGGAUGAGAAAAAUCUACGUUUUUCAACUCAGCAGUACUUUUGGCACUCAAAGGCUUUCUGAUCAGCUGAAGUAGCUGAACAUGCUCUCAAUUAAGCAGCAGUCAAGCAACUUGUCAGUGUUCCCUUCUGGAGGUGAGCUGGGACUAAGGAGGAACAAGAACUUAGUUAAAACGUGAUCCAUCUGGCAUUCCUGUCAGGAAGUGUGUCUGUGCAUCACUUCUGUGUGCCAGGCUUAGUGGACUGAGGAACCUCCUAUGAUUUGUAGCAAUCCUUUGGUAUGAUUUUCUAGGAGGACUUAAUGUGUGAAACAUUCUAGUGCAGCAGCCAAAUGCUACCUGUGUUCAUAAAUCAGUUGGGUUUUUGUUUUUAUUUUUAAAAGAUGUAUUUUUAGCAAGUAAACAAAGCUGUGAAGAAAUACUUUCCAGUUAUGCAGAGAUUAGUGUAAAUAAUAACUCCUUAUGUGCUUUCCUACAAUAAAAUUGGAAAACUCGUGCUAUUCUGUUUCCUCUUUAUUAUAUGACUGAACAUGGAUGCCUGCAUGGUACUUGGCUAAUACAAUUACUGCACAUUUUUUGUGAUUUUAAUUUUUUAGCACUGACGUUGUGGCGCAAAGGCUCAUAGCCAUUAAACUUUCCUGCUGCUUUAGAUAUUCUUGAAUUAAAUAUCCUUUCUUAGGGCUUCUGCUCUUACAAACUGGUUUUUGGUGUUUCACCUUUGGGGCGCUGUUUUGAAAAUCUUCUGCACCUCUGACAGCUGAGUUGUUAUUGUCUGACUUGACUUUGGCAUCCUCAGUUCAGUUCCCGGCAGGCAGGGUUGAUGUAUCUCUGUGUCUGGGCGGAUACUUGACGAGCUGAGUGAGCUCAUUACGGACUUUUUUUUUUCUUCCUCUCAUUUUUGCACUUCACGAGUAUUUCUGCAGUUUGUCAUCCCAGUAAAGUUUCUAAUUUAAAUGGUGUCCAUAUGCUCCAGGCCAUAAUGGAUGCUGUGGUAGGCACAGCACAUAUUUUCAAUAUCAGAAUUUUGGCAUCUGUCUCUCUUUUUCUAAGCACUGGAUCAAAUUUCUACCAUUUUUCCCCCUCAUGCUGUCCUUGAGCUCCUUCCAUGCAACAUAUUAGGCAAAGAUCAAUUGCCUUCUGUAUUACCAACGGGAAUCCAAUACUGAAUGGCUGUGGAAAAGAGCUGCUGUCAAUCCCUUCUCCACCCAGCCUGUAUUUGUGCUUGGGACUGACCAUUUCGCGCCAUGUUCCAAUAUAUGGGAAAUCUGAAAGGAAAUUUGUAUAAAAAGCACGUGUUACUGUAGUUGUUUAAAUCUAGAUGUUGGCUCUUUCUUUCCAUCCCCAGGUUUUUCUGCUCUCAAAAAUACCAGAGUUCACGCUCUUUGUGGAGCUGCAGGACCUUGUGUCAUCUCAGAAUCAUUUCUACCCAUUCACCAGUUGUCAUUUAUUUUGGAUAAUUUUUGGGCUUCUGCCCUGCAAUAGCCUAUAAGAUGAUUGAUCUCAGAAUGAAAAGAAAAACAAAGGGCUGUAGUCAUGCUCAAAGAUAAUUUGCAUCUUUCAUCUCUGUUGAAGAGGGAACAGAGGACUUCAGAUCACAAUCAGCCAAGUACAGGGAGAUUCUGUUCUCUCAGAUGGCUCCAAGGGUAGGAACUCGGUGCCAGUACAGCUGCUGCCACAGGGAGAUUGAGCAAUCUACAAAGGAAGGGCAAAUAAUUUGCUAAAAACUAACCAUGUUCAAACAGCCCUCACCUCUGCACUGUACCUCCUAGUUAGAGGUAAGGGAAGAGGGUCAAGAAUCUGGCAGAGCAAGGAAAAGGCUGACCUCACGUGAAAGAGGUGUAGCUUAGUGGUGUGAAAAUGUGUUGUCCUGUUUACCAUUAACUUUCUGGAUUUAAUUACACAUGGCAUCUAUGUGUGAGGAACCCAAACUCUGAAUACAUUUAAUGGGAAAUUCGUAUUUAGAUUGCUCAAGUCCACCAAAAUUCAUUAGGCCAAUUUGAAAGUAAAUAAUGCAAUUAUCGAGUCAAGAGCUCUUAAAACAAUGCAUAAAUGUAUUGGGAACAAAGUUGAAGCCUAUGAGACAUUAACUUGGACCUGCUCUAGCUUUCACCUCCCUUAUUUUAAAAAGUACAAAAGACCUAAGUGGGCAGGUACACUCUGUGCAAAAAGUACAAAGCAAGUUCUUGGGAAGACAGAAGAACAGGGCAUGCAUUUAAAUCGGACUGUAUGACAUCAUUGAAUCAUUUGUGUUGGAAAAGACUGCUAAGAUCGAGUCCAACCAUUAACAGAGCACUGCCAAGCCCACCUUUAAGCCAUGUCCCCAAAUGCCACAUCCACAUGUCUUUUGAACACUUCCAGGGGUGGCAACUCCACUGAUUUCUUGGGCAGCCUGUUCCAAUGCUUUACAACUCUUUUGGGGAAGAAAUUUUUCCUAAUAUCGAGUCUAAAACUCCUCUGGUGCGACUUGAGGCUGCUUCCUCUUAUCCUGUCCCUUGCUACCUGGGAGAAGAGACUGACCCCCCACAGGCUACAACCUCCUUUCAGGCUGUUGUAGAGAGAGAUGGGGUCCCCCCUGAGCCUCCUCCAGCCUGAACACUCCCAGCUUCCUCAGCUGCUCUUCAUAAGACUUGCACUCUGCACCGUACUGUGCAGGUCAUCUUAGGUUCCAGCUGACAGAAAUGGAUUUCCUGUGGAAUCCUGUUUCACUUGUCUGAGUUACAAUCACUUUUUUUGUUUUAUUUCACUUGCAUCUUCCAUUUUAUUCUUAGUAGCAGGCACCAGGAAUGCAGAAAGGCUGUCUUUUUACUUUACAGUUUGCUAAUGCCAUAUUAGUGGGACUCCGAAACAAAGUUGAAGGCUCUUGGAUGCCACGCUUCGCACAAUUCCUGCCUGAUGUCCCUUAAGAAUGCUGGUCGUGUUGCAUUCGGUGUGUCAGUGAGCCUCUUUACAGCCUGUUUGUCCUGGCUGCCAGCUCGCACAUGCUGCUGCACAAAGAUAAGGGCUGGGGACUGACCCGCUGGGCGGCGGAGCAGCUGGGGUGGAAUCUUCCUGGCUCCCAGCCCAGCCGCAGCUCGGCUUUAAUUUCAGUGUCAGGGUGGGAGUUCGCUGCCUACUGGGACAUAGUUUUCCUGGUGGGAGGCAGAGCAAUGGUGUAUGUGAGAAAUCCUGCACUAUAAAAGUGCAUUCCCAUGAUUUGGGAGAUGAGCCCGUAAUUUUAAUGAAUUAUUUAUGGCUCUAGCUGAAAGCAGCAAUUUAACAAAGACACUGGUUUGAGCUCUGGUGGAAUUUUUUGAUGAAUCAGUCCCAGCUGUUUCCACCAUGUAGCAAAGCAAUUUCAGGCACCAAGAAGGAAAUCGGGCUUUCAGGGACUGGAGCAGCCCAAGUGGAGCAGACGCUUUUUGGGAACUGACAACGCUGACUCAGGAAGCUGUGAUGAGAGCAGCAAUAGAAGACAAGGAUGGAAAAGGCUUACAGCAGAUAAUCUCCUUGUUGACACUGAAAUUUUGUACUGAUGGUGGUGAAACUUAGCAGUUUGCCUUUAAAACAGAAAUCCACUUCUUUGCACACUGCAGCUCCCUGUUUUGGAAGUGGAAUCUUCUGUAUCCUACGAGUUGCCAAUGAAGGGAAGAAUAAAGAGGCUGCAGCACAAAGCUGGGUAGGGCUCACUUCUGAAAGUCACCUAGCAAUGUAAUAUGGGCUCUGCUCCUCACAUGCCUUUUGGGAGGAUGAAUCGUGUAGCAGCAGCAGUGUGGAACCCACAGUUUUUCUCAAAUGCAGAACCUGGGCUGAGCGGUUUUGGUGAAAGUGGCAUCACCAUUAAUGUGCCACAUUAACAUGAAAAUAUAUUAAAAAAAAAUAACCUGGAGGAGAAAGAUAAGGUGUUUGCUCAAGUUCUAACAGUGUAAUUCACAUUCCAGUUUUUUAAGUACUGCACUGUCCUCUCAGCCAAAGCCUUAGAAAGCCUCUUCCUAUUCGAGGCUGCCUUAAGGCCCAAAAGCUGACAAAAUAACGCAAAUAUAUGACCACAAUCAAGAGUCAAACCACCUUCACUGUAAGAUAACAACAUUUAAUGCAAAAAGCCUUCACACUCUGUGGUUUGGUAGGAACUCGUUCUGCUGGCAUUCCCUUGGGAUGACCACAGUCUUCUAGGUCAGUGGUUCACCUUCUACUUCACGCCAGGCAAGUUAUUCAGAAAAAUAUCAUAGUAGCUACAAUGAGCAUUUUACCAGCUGCUGCAUCACAGAACACAGAUGCAGCUGGAAAGGCAGUUCCUGCUGGGUUAGGUAAGAUUUUGCCUCAAAUAUAGCUACACUAACAGAAAACAUUGCUGUAAUUAGGAGAUUGCAUGAUAAAACUUUCAAGUACUCACUUUUCCUUUACUUUUACACCACAUUGUUUUUUAUCAGAUAAAAGGUUUUGAAUGAUUACUACAGCAAAUAAACAAAAAAAAGAACACAGUAUUUUGGGGGAGUCAUUGUGUUCUCAUAUCAAUCUAAGCCUCUCUGCUACUGCCUGAGUAGCACCAAGUGCCUCAGGGCUUGUACAGCCUCGUCUUUGUACUUUCAUUAAUACACACAAAAUCAAUAUGCACAGAACAAGAAAUAGUGA